UAGUAUAUUAAAUCAUAUUGAACCGAUACGCUGUAUUCCCCGGUCAGUCGCGUGUGAGUGCAGUACGUGGGACCGUCCGUCGUACUAAUACAGUAGGAACCAAACACCUAUUACAGUCGUAGCCGAUGCAUCAAUAUUUUCCAAUCACAUUUCACUCACAGAUCAACUGCAUAGUUCACCCUAAGCAAGCUGCGAGUCUAUGGAGUCGAAUAAUGAUGCAAACAGAGUAUGCGAGCCAAAAGGGUUGUUCAUCAAAGACAGGAAACAAGAACCAAUCGAGCUAAGAUUUAGCAACUUGUAUUAUACAGUCUCACUUGGAUUUCGAAAAGGUACUAAAGAUGUUCUUAAGAAUAUCAAUGGCAUUUUUGCACCAAAUCAAUUGGUGGCUAUUAUGGGACCUUCGGGAGCCGGUAAAUCUUCUCUCUUGGAUGUUUUAUCUGGAUACAACUUGAAAGGUGUCCGAGGAAACGUUACGGUCAACGGUAAUGAAAGGCGUUUAGACAGUUUUCGUAGGGUGUCUUGCUAUAUCCAACAAGACGAUCGUUUGCAACCAUUGUUAACAGUCAACGAGAACAUGCAUAUUGCCGUAAACCUUAAACUCACCAUGGACAAGUCUCAAAAAUACAAAGAUGCCGUGGUAAAUGAAAUUUUAUCCACUUUGGGUCUUGAAAAAACUAAAAAUACGAGAACCGUGAGAUUAUCUGGCGGUCAAAAGAAAAGACUUUCAAUAGCUCUAGAACUAAUUAACAAUCCAAUGGUAAUGUUCCUAGACGAACCAACGACGGGUUUAGACAGCUUAUCGUGUUCCCAAUGUAUAUCACUUUUGCGAUUGCUAGCUCACCAAGGAAGAACAAUAAUAUGCACAAUUCAUCAACCCAGUGCAUCACUGUUCCAGAUGUUCGAUCAAGUGUACAUUCUGUCACAAGGCACGUGUUUAUACCAAGGAUCUACUAGCAAUUUAAUACCGUAUUUAUCAAAACUCAAAUUGCCGUGUCCUAUGUAUCAUAAUCCCGCUGAUUAUGUGAUAGAAUUGGCUUGCGGUGAUCACGGCAAUGAUAAAAUUGAAAAAAUGGCAAAAGAAAUAGAAAAUGGAAAAUCUUUAAUUUGGACUGGUCUUUCAGAUUUGCUUGCAAUCAACCAAACAGGCGAAUCUCAAGAACAAUCAAAAGAAAUCAACAAUGUUCAUGAAACUUCUUUUAAUAACCAGUUGAAAUGUUUAUUGCAUCGAGGAUUUUUAAAAUGCAAAAGAGAUCCGGAUUUGACUUAUCUACGAUUGGGUGUAAAUGUAGCAGUAAGUAUAUUAUUAGGAACACUAUUUUUACAAAUCGGUGAUGAUGGCAGUAAAAUUUUUGACAAUUACAACUUACUAUUUUCUAUUCUCAUGCACCACGUUGGAUCAACAUUGAUGUUAAAUAUUAUUAAUUUUCCUGCUGAAAUUUCUAUACUGACGAAAGAGCAUUUUAAUAGAUGGUAUUCGUUAAAAUCAUACUAUAUUGCUACGAAUAUACUUGAUAUUCCUAUAACGACGAUUGGUUGUUUGAUAUUUUCCGUGAUAAUUUAUUUAAUGACAGGACAACCAUUAGUUUGGGAUAGAUUUUACAUGUUCACAUUCAUCAGUUGGUUAAUGGUGCUGAUUUCUCAAAGUUUAGGCUUCAUUAUCGGCGCUUGGUUUAGCGUUAUUAAUGGUAACUUCGUGGGCCCCAUUAUUGUCGUCUUGUUGAUGAUGUUCAGUGGAUUUGGCGUGAAUCUGCGAGACAUCCCGUAUUUAUUGAAGUGGGGAACGGAGAUAUCUUUCUUAAGAUAUGGCCUGGAAGCUUUAAUAGCCGCCAUCUACGACAAACGUGGUAUUUUGCCAUGUUACGAACUGUAUUGUCAUUACAAAUAUCCGGAAAAAUUUUUAGAAGAAAUCGCCAUGACCACUGAUAAAUUCAACAAAGAUGUGUUUGUAUUGGUCGUCACUCUACUUAUCACCCGGAUAGCAGCAUAUUUCAUGCUACGACUUAGAGUUAAAGCCAGAGUGUCGUUUUAAUAUUAAAAUUCUCACGGUUUACCUGGCAAGAAUUACUUUAUAAUUUAUGUACACAUAAUUAUCAAAGAUUAAAUUACGUGCCUAUAAUU